AUGAUGAUGAGAAGCAAAACAAAGUGCUUAACAUUGACUUGCCCAAAUUUAAAAAGAAGGAAGGCAUGUUUGGGAAGGUGGCUGCCACCAAAGCAAUUAGCAAUGCAAAUUUCAAUGCCGGUAAGCUUGUUCCCAAGAUAAUAUUGUCAUAUUGCAAUUCUGAAUUUUUUGGGCUGAUGCAUAAUACUUUGUAUUUUUCCUUUAAAUGUAGGGGAGUGGUGGGCAACUUAUGGACUACAAACUCCUACAUUGAUGCACAUUGCUUUGAGGAUACUCAACUUGACCACAAGUUCAUCCGGAUGUGAAAGAAAUUGGAGCAUUUUUGAACAAGUGGAUGCAAAGAGGAGAAAUAAACUAGACGUGCAUCGUAGGGACGAUCUAGUUUAUAUUCAAUUCAAUGGAAGAAUGAUAGACAAGAGGAAGAAGUACUCCUCAUCUUGUGAUGUUCUUCUUGGUGAAGAUGCUUCCAUGGCACAAGAUUGGAUAUGUGAAGGUGCUUACGUUGAUGCUGCGGAGGAGGUUGAUGCGGAGGAGGUUGAUGCAAUGGGAGCUUCCGAGUUUGUUGAGCUACGUAGAAGUGCAAGAGUGAGAGAACUUCAUGAAGUGGAAGAAUUUGUUUCCGAUGGGGAAGAAUCUGAUCACGGGCUUGUCAAUGAGGAUGACAUAGACUUCGAGUCCGAUGAUGAUGGGGUGAUACAAGGUGCCAAUGAAGAUGAGGAGGGGGACCCGAUGGAGCCUUAAUGGGGCUUCAAGCCUUCAAUGCUUUGCACUAUGUGUGCUUUUUUAUGUUUGCUAGCUAUUUAUUUCAGUUGUGACUUGUGAGAGAACUAUGAACCACCAUGCGUGUUGUUUGCUAGUUUCCUAUUUUGCUUUGUCAUGCAAUGAUGCAGCUAUGCAAAGCUAUGGUUAUUUAUGAGCUUACUAUGUAAUAUGUAUUGCUGGACUAUGUUUAUUUCUCAUUGUUUGUCAUGUGUGUGCACCUACAUUUUGCAAUUUAUUUGAUUUUUGAAGGCUUGGAGCACAACUGAGGGUA